AUGAAUAGAAGCAGUAUUUCGAUAACGCCACAUAAGUACAUACACAACACUGGGCUGCCACUACCAGGACCUAAGCAGCAACCAUGCUCGCGUCUCCGGCAGGUCAGGCUGGCGGGGAGCGGCCGCGCGCCAGGCAGGCCGUCUGCAGUGGUGCCGCAGGUUCUCGACUCCCACCAUCCUGUGCCGGCGUUCAGCUCCUCUCUCGGCCACCCCAACAAGCCGUUUUGCUGUCCGGUCUGUCCUUUCCGAGCCACGCAUAACAGCAAGGUGCAGAGCCACAUGCGAACGCACACGGGGGAGAGGCCCUUCUCCUGCCACCUGUGCCCGGCCAGUUUCGCCAGGAAGGGGAACCUCAAAACCCACAUUCGAACUCACACGGGGGAGAAGCCGUACGCGUGCCCGCAUUGCAAGUACUGCUGUGCCCACAAGAGUGACUUGAAGAAGCACAUGUUUGUUCACACACGAUAGUAGAUACUAGAGAGGGAGUACCGCCAGGCCAUAGUGCUCAGAUAUGGCAGUGUGAGCCAAUACUCUUUUAACUUGGUCAUGUUAUGCUAACCUAUGUGAUCUACUAACUAACCGCGGUGAAAACAAACACAUAGACGUUGUUCUUAAGAAAAAUAAGACGGGUACUGAAACCUGCCAAAGGAAUGAGGGAUUCAGUUUAUUUUUAUUGUAUAUGUGUAUGUGCUUGCGGCCGAUUGUGUUUCUUUUUUUUCGCCUUUGGGUAAAUGGUAAAUGUACUGGACUCGAUAAUUUUAGGAUUCAUGAAAGUGAAGUCCAGUAUUUUUUCCUUAUAUCCUGAAAAUGUUGUGGACACGCGAGAAUUUCACCAAUGAAUGGCCUGUUCUUGACUAGACAUGUAAGACUGGUGCAGCGUGAUGGAACUGAAAUAAAUCCUAAAUUCUAUGCAUUGGGUAUGCUUAUCCUCAUUAGAUUAAUCUGUCUCGCACUAUCUUGUUCGAUCUCUGUCAACCUCCCUCCCUCCCUCGCUCCCUUUCUCUCACACACUGUUUCUCACUCGCACUUGUGACCUAUGGCCCUACCUCUGUCUGUGUUUCCU